CUCACCAAGGAUGAGUUUCUCAGCGCUCUCGGCGACGACUGGAAAGUGCCCAGCAACAAGAUCGACUGGCUGGAAUACCGAUGUGGAAAGAUCAAGGCUCCUGGAAAGACGUCCCUGCAGUCCCGCGCAUACCUUCACUUGACCAACGAGCAGCACAUCAAGCCCUUUGAGACUCACUUCUUGCAGCUCUCAUUUCACGAUGCGAAAGGCUCGCACAAGGAUCCUCAGUUCAAGCAACUCCUGCCUUCUUUGGCCUUUGCUCCCAACCAGCGCAUCCCUACCACGAAGCAGCGCCACGACGGUCGUCAAGGUACCAUCGACCAGGAUUCGGAAUUUAUCGCCUUCCUCGAGCGCGAGACCCAGCCUGUCACCAAACCUCUUUCCCUUGACCAGGCUCUUGCCCAGGAAAAGCCCAAAGACAAGGUUUCGUCUACCCCUCUGUUGGACGACUUGCGCGAGAAGAAGCAAAACAAGGCUAGGGCCAACCAGAAGCACAAGGAAGAGAAGCAGUCCGACAAGUCGCAGGCUAGAGGCCGCGACCACAAGUCCGACGCCAAACAGCCCGUCAAGCUCCUCGCAAAGGACAAGAAGAACCAGUCAUCUCAACCUGCUGCUCCUACACCACCAGCUGCCUCUACCCCUACUUCAAGCCGCAAGCGUGAACCCAAAUCAAGAUCUGGCCGCAACAAGGAAAAGGCAGUCGCCCAGACGUCCGCACAGGAGAACUCGAAGCCUCCGACUCCUGCUCCCACUGGCAUUCUGAAGAAGCCCGCUCACACUCCCGCUCCCAAGGCUCCCAAAGCUGCAAAAGGAAACAACGCCGCUGCUUCUGCACCAGCGUCGGCUCCUACACCUCCAAACAAGCAGCCCAAGGCAUCAGCAAACUCGGCCAGCAGCACCACAAAGGCCUAUCUGAAGCACGCCAAUGCUUCUCAAGGCGUGACUGAGGCACUUCUUCUCGCUGCCUUGUCUACUUUCGGACCUGUCGUCAAGGUCGAGAUUGACAAGCGCAAGGGCACUGCUCUUGCCGAGUUCAAAGACAACGAGGGUUUGAAAGCUGCCAUGUCCAAGAAAAGCGUUCCAGUUGCUCAAGGUGCGGUUGAAGUGCUCGAGUACAAAGACAGACAGGCC